AUGCCUUCCAUCGUUCGCUAUUAUAGCAUCCUCAUCGUUUUCGGUGUCUGCAAGGCCCUUGCAUCAUCAGGAUGCACCGAAAAACAGGACCAUUUCCGCGACCCCCCUUCGAGACAACGCCCGAGAUUCAGAUACUGGCUUCCAGAUGCCAGUGUUGAUCCUGAUGUUGUGAAAGCGGAUAUCAAGUCUGCCGGAAGUAUUGGAGCUGGCGGCGUAGAGUUUUUGCCGUUCUAUAACUACGGAGGGGAGCUCGGAGGGCCUCCUUUAGGGGUCGACUGGUCUACCUAUGGGUUCGGCACACCGGCAUACCUUCAACUCUUCACCACGGCGUUAGAGGCUCACAAGGAGGGUGGCAUGGCAAUGGACUUCUCACUUGGUCCAAAUCAAGGGCAGGGUAUUCCAGCUCAUCAUGAUGAUGAAGGACUACAGUGGGAUAUGGUUACAACCGCCCAAGAGCUUUCUUUCGGUGUAACUUUUAACCAAACGAUUCCGGGCUGGGGGGGAGGCGAGCUUGUCGCCGCCAUCUCGGCUAUCGUUGUCUCCCGCAAAAACGUUUCUUACAAUGUAACGGCGAUUACCGGACUCUCGACGGUGACUUAUGAGGACCUCAUAUUGAAGAAUGGGUCACUUGAGGACGUGACAAACAUGGUAUCCGAAGAUGGCAGUCUACUGCUGGAGGUCCCUGAAGCAUCGCCAGGUGGUCUGGGGUACGAGCUUUUCUUUUUCUACCAGAAGCUCUCGCAUAACCAAAACGUUCACUUUUCCUCCAACACAACUGGUUCCAUUUGGGACAACGGAUCUUACGUGGUAGAUUACUUCAGUGCCCGGGGUGCUCAGAAGGUUCAAGAUUUCUGGGAGCACUACGUCUUGGUCGACAACGUCAAGGAACUUCUAAAAGAAACGGGCAAUUACGGAUGGGAAGAUAGUCUGGAGAUCAAAUCCAAUGUCUCAUGGACCCCGACUCUGCCUACACGAUUUAUCGAGGUUUUCGGCUACGACCUACGCCCUUAUCUCCCUCUCAUCGCGUUCGGCAACAACAACAUCAACAUUCAGAACAAUUCGCCUAGGAGUAUCCAGUGCAAGCUGGACACACCAGACCAAGGAGAAGGGUAUGUUAACGACUAUCGAGCGGUUUUGGCAAAAGGGUAUCAAGAGUACCUGGCAACUCUGUCGCGGUGGCUGCAAUCUUUGGGACUCGGACUUUCUUCACAGCCUUCCUAUAACAUGCCCAUGGACAUGGAGGCAUCCAUACCGUUGGUCGACGCUCCAGAAUGCGAGAGUCUCCAAUGGCAUGACAAUGUGGACGGCUAUCGACAGUUUUCGGGCCCAGCGAACUUGGCUAGAAAGAAGGUCAUCUCCAAUGAGUUGGGUGCUAUCUCUGGUAGAGCUUACAGCCUCACCAUCCCAGAGUUGCUCUUCGCCAUGAACCGAGCUGUUUCUGGCGGUGUCAAUCAGUUCGUGAUCCACGGACAAUCAUACACCGGCAACUAUCCCCAGACGACAUGGCCCGGAUACACCGCCUUCAUCUACUACAUUUCUGAGCUAUACUCGGCAAAGCGUCCCGACUGGGACCAUGGUUUUCACGCAGCGUUGGACUACAUGGCAAGAAUUCAACACGUUCAGCAGAAAGGGAUUCCAAGAACCGAUGUCGCAUUUUACAACAAACAAACUGUCACUGAUCCCAACAUGGCGACGCUAUAUCGAUUCGAUGAUCUCACCAAACAAGGUAAGAAGUGUUUGACGCUAUUGAGCUUUGCAAUUUACAGGCAACUGAUGCUUUUUUUAACAGGAUGGUCGUACGCAUAUUUGUCGCCUGACAACUUCAAUCUGCCACAGGCCUACGUCGAGGACAAUCUGCUCGCACCCGCCGAUGCAAGGUUUCAAGCUCUAGUUGUGCUUGGCUCUCAGAACGUCACCCAGAACUCUCUCGCUCAGCUGAAGGCCUUUGCGGAUGCCGGCUUGCCGGUCAUCGUGGCGGGUGGCGUUCCGGCGCAAUACGCAACCCAAAAUCGGACUGCUACUGAUGAACGGCUUUUCAAUUCGUCUUUGGCAAAUUUGCUGCAGCAUAAGCACGUAAAACAGGUUCGAGAGGGCGAGAUUUCCCAAAGUCUGGAAUCUUUGGGUCUCAAGCCACGGGUGGGUGUUCGCACAAACGGUACUUGGUACACCACUUGGCGUGAGGAUGCAGCAGAUGGCAUGAGCUACGCUUACAUCUUCGGCGACACCGCGGCGGCAUCUGGUGAGGUCGUUGUUGAAGCCACCGGCAUACCCUACUUCUUCGAUCCCUGGACAGGCACACGUGAGCCGGUUCUAUACUACAAGAUCGAGGUACAUACGACGGUCAUACCACUCAAGCUUGCUGGGAAUCAAACCAAGAUCAUUGCAUUCUCUCAGACCCCAAUCGAAAAUGUUCAAGUUCCCAAGUCCUACGCAACGAAAUUGUCAGAAAACGUUAUCGGAUACAACGUAACUUUUAACGGCGUUCUGCUCCAUGUUGCCACAGCUCCAAAAUCUACACUCCUAACGCUGUCCACGGGGAAAACCGUUCAACAUGAGAGCAAAGCUCCAGAGCCAUUCGAGCUAAAGACUUGGGAGCUUGUGUUAGAACAUUGGGAAGCCCCGAGAAACAUGAGCGACGCGACAAUCGCGGCUGUCAAGAGCAACACGACGCAUCAGCUCAGCAAUCUGGUAUCGUGGACCGAGAUCGAUGCUGCAGCAAAUGCUUCUGGAGUGGGCUACUACCACACCAACUUCACUUGGCCUCCAGGCUCAGUCCAAGACAACAGUGUCUCGCUGGGGGCAUACAUCAGAUUUCCUCCAGUCUUGAAUGCUAUCACGGUGUACAUAAAUGGAGCCCGCCUUGCUCCCUUGGAUUGCGUGGAUCCUGUCGCUGACAUUACUCAAUACCUGAUCAGUGGAAGCAACGAUGUUGUCGCAGUGGUGCCAAGUACGAUGUGGAAUUAUCUCCGCAGUAUCUUGCCAGAUAUUAGGAGCAGUGGACGGCAGUUUUUGCAACUGGAAACAAUUCCCAAGACUGAAAAUGGGCUUGUUGGUGUGGUCAGUGUCGUUCCUUUUGAGUUUCUGCACAUUGUGCCUUGA